ACCACUUUAAAAUCCACUCAGAGGUCAAUCAAAAUCCAAGAGGCCAGCUUCGACCCAACCUUUGCGAUUUCGCAAGCCGUUCUCCUCAGAAACGUGAACAUGUGUUCGAACUUGACCAACUCGUCUUGCAUAACCGCUGAUCUCGCACAUUCGGACCGGUACCUGGCUUCGGCCGUGGUGUACGGCCUGGUCCUGACCGUGGGUCUGCCGCUCAACACGUUGUCCCUGUGGAUCCUGCUGCGCACUCACGGGUUCCGGUCACCGUGCGCCGUGCUCAUGGUGAACCUUGCCGUGUCCGACCUGCUCCUCGCGCUCUCCCUGCCGCUGCGCGUCUACUUUUACGCAACGCUCCGGUGGCCGUUUGGAGCGGCCACAUGCACCGCUGCCUUGAUAAUGUUUCGCGUGAACAUCAGAACGAGCUGUAUCUUCAUCACUUUAAUCAGCGUGGACCGGAUGGUCGCCCUCGUCUUCCCUCUGCGCUCCCGGUCUUUGAGAACCUCCGGGUGCGCGCUGAAGUGCUGCGCGGUCGUGUGGAUCCUCAUCACCACUAUUUGCAUCCCAGAGAUUACGAGACUCUACGACGCCCUGAAGGGGUGUCCAAACAUACCGUGCUUUGAGAUUCAAGCGGUCUCCAGAGGCUCGCGAGUCGUCUCGCUCUCACAGGCGAUAUUUUUAUUAGUUCUCCUGCUGGUCAAUAUCGUCUCCACGGUCGUGGUCGUACUCGUACUGAAGAAGCGUCCCAGCACUGAAGCGGCCAAGGUGAACAACAAAAUGAACGUGAUACUUAUUUUUGUUGUUAACAUGUUGGUGUUUAUUAUAUUUUUCCUGCCGUUUACUUUAACUCUCUUGACGUACAAUGAGAAGGAUUGCGGCGAGACUUUACUCGUGCUCGUCUGCCUGGCGAGUGUCAACUGCUGUCUGGAUCCGCUCAUCUACUACUUCUCUCUGGACUCGUUCUGGCAGGACAAGGAUAAAAGACAAACGGAUGUAGGCACUUAUUCCCUCAGCAGGUCGAUGGAAAGGUUUUGACAAGCUGAGAACAGUUAGGAUAAACAAUAGCCUACUACGGAGCCCACAACAGGACAUUGAGAUGGAUGUGAGAUGGAAGGAAAAUUAUAUUACGAUGUUUUUGCGCUCUUUCGCAAUAAAAGAAAAUUUGCGUUUGCUCGCAAAAGUAUUGAAUUGGAGUGAAUCGCGGGCAAAUUGGGACACUUUUGAGAUGACUGGGGAAAAUGUUAUUCACUCCUGUAGCUGUUGUUUUGUUUACAUCACGAAAGUUUUGCGAGCGAACACAAUUUCUCGAUGGAACGCAACGCUUUUUUUCUCACCAUCACCAUGUCCCUCGAUACUGCAAGAUAGAAAGUGUUAGAACACUUUGGACAAAGUAAAUAUACUUUUGUUCAAAACUUCUCUGGACACUUUAUGAGUAUCAAAUGUUAGUGGAACAUGUUCUUGGUUAAUGUGACAAACUACUGCUUUGAUUUAAAGCAUAUUUUGUUUAAAUGUCCCACUUAAAUCUGGUCUGUUGAACCUGUUAGGUAGGUCACAUAUUGAUUAUACAUAUUCAUCUUUUAUUGCAUUUUUAUGUACUUGAAAUUGGUACGUGGUGAAGCCUCAUUUAAAGACUUCCAGAAUGUCUCCAAAAAAGAAGUGUUAUAUUUAGUUGAUAAUGUAUAAAACAUGUUAUAGUUUUAAGCUUAUUUAUUUUUAGAAUGAUGGCUAAUGAACCACAUUGAAGCUAUGGGUUUUUUUUUUCCACUUCUUGUGUUACUAAGGUGUGAAAACAACCUCUCUUUUUCAGUGCGGUUUUUCCCCCCUAAGAACACUUCAGAGGAACUUCUGUGCAUCUGUUGUCAAAGCAUAUCAUUCACAACCACAGAAACUUACAUUUACACGGUGUCUGGUUCCAUCUAAAUUAGUAAUCAUGAAUGUCUCUUGAGGGCAUCUGGGGAUGCUGAUACUUAAAUAUGUUAUAGGAAUGUUGGCUUUGGACAGCAUGAAGAUAUUUUAGAUAAAAACUAACAUCCCUUUUUUGUCAUUAUCAUUGCUAUCGUAGAUGUUUACAGUUGAGGUGGUUUUGUCAUAUAAAACGCUUACAGUUAUAGUUGCAGUGUUUUAUACAGUGUUGUGAUAAAUGUGAUAAUGCCAUCAUUACUGUAUAUAUAUAUAUAUAUAUAUAUAUAU